AUGGAGGAUCCCUCGAAGUACGCCCACAGCCCCGUGCACCUGGCGGUGGCCUGCAGGGACCAUGUCGCACUCCGGCGACUGGUGACCGCCCUCCCGCGCCUUCCGAAAGCAGGAGAGGUCACCACAGAGGAGGAAUCCCUCGCCGCCGAGCGCACGGCGGACAUCGUCUCUGCAGCUAUCGACCGGCGCGAUGUCCCCAACCGAGAGACCCCUCUCCACCUUGCUGUCCGACUGAGAGACCCCAUCUCAGCGGAGAUCCUGAUGUCCGCCGGCGCAGACUGGUCGCUCCAGAACGAGCAGGGAUGGUCCGCGCUCCAGGAGGCCGUGUGCACCCGCGAGGACACCAUUGCAAUGAUCAUCGCCAGACACUACCAGCCGCUCGCCUGGGCCAAAUGGUGCCGGCGGCUCCCCAGGAUCGUCUCCUCCAUCUCCCGGAUCCGGGAUUUCUACAUGGAGAUCACCUUCCACUUUGAGAGCUCUGUCAUUCCCUUCAUCGGCAGGAUCGCUCCCUCGGACACAUAUCGGAUUUGGAAGCGUGGUCCAAAUCUCCGGGCAGACAUGACCCUUGCUGGCUUCGAUGGAUUCCGCAUCCAGAGAUCGGAUCAGACCUUCAUAUUUCUUGGGGAAGGCAUGCCGUCGGAGGAUGGGAGUCCUUCUCUGCCUCCUGGUUCGCUGAUUGUGCUGGUUCACAAGGACAAAGAGAUCACCAAUGCCUUGGAAGGAGCUGGAGCUCGACCGACGGAGGCUGAGGUAGCCCAAGAGGUUGCUAUGAUGUCUCAGACCAAUAUGUAUCGGCCCGGGAUUGACGUCACCGAGGCUGAGCUAGUCCCCCACUUGAACUGGCGGCGGCAGGAGCGAACAGAGGUAGUCGGGAACUGGAAGACAAAGGUUUAUGAUAUGCAUCACGUAAUGGUCAGCGUGAAAUCAAGGCGGGUUCCCGGUGCGAUGACUGACGAGGAGCUGUUCGCCAUUGACAAUGAUGAGAAGAUGGCAAAUGGUGGUGUGCACGACGGAUUGGAUGAUAUCUUGACUGCAGAGGAGAAGAUUCAGCUGGACUCUGCUCUCAACAUGGGGAAUUCAGAAGGCUUUAACGAGGACGAUGAACUAGACAACUAUGAAUCUAAUGGUCUCCCCAAGGAGAAGAAAAGCUGGUUUGGAUGGAACGGCAAGAAGACCUCGAAAAGUAAAGGCGAAGAGGUUGAAGGCCCGACUGCAUCAAAGAGGUUCUCAAAGUCAGCUACAGAAAACGGGGGACCGAAACAUGAACCGCAUGAGAAAACGAAGAAGAAGAAGAAUGGGGUCACGAACGAGCCUAGUAAUAAGCACGGCAGUGAAUACAAGAAGGGGCUGAGACCCGUCCUGUGGUUGACACCAGACUUCCCUCUACUAACAGACGAGCUCCUCCCUUUACUCGAUGUGCUGGCGAACAAGGUCAAAGCUGUAAGGCGACUCAGGGAACUGCUGACUACCAAAUUGCCUCAAGGCACAUUCCCCGUGAAGGUAAUUGGAAUGUACCUUCUACUCUCGUCGUCGUUCAAGUCCUUCUUUAUGCAUGCUAAUACAUGCAAUGCCCUGGGAAGCGGGCAAGGGGGGUGGAGUUAAAAUGGACGAAUACUGCGGAUACUCUGCAUAUUGACGAGAUUUCUCGGAGCAUAUAUGUGAAGGACCCACCCCUAAGUAUGAACCCUUUUCCGCCCCUGAAUGCCAGGCUGCCCAUGUUAAAUUUUCCUAGAUUUCUUCCCGUGCCUUAUCUACUGUCUUUCCAAAUUCACAUGUCCUCUUUGGGUGAAUGCACAUGGCUACGGCGUGGCAAACUGAAUGAUGGGCGUCUGAUUAAAUCUCCUUGAUCUUGUCAUAGGUGAACAAAAUAAGGUCUUAAGUCUGAAAAAACAUGUAGGAGAUGGCCAUUCCUUUCUGUGUGGUAUCAUACAAUUCGAGCCAUCUGAGCAUCAUCAAUGAAAAAUAGGACUGAAUUCCAGUACAGUAAAGGAAAAUGAUCAUCAGAAUAGGGUGCAACACUGUAUAGAUCCUCCAGAUUGGAAUGAGAUGGUGCACCGAUGAUAGCUGUUCGAAGAAUCCUAGUUUGCUUUCAGAUGGCAGUAAAGGCAUGCCUGCUGGACCUUGUUUGCUGAAGAUUCAGAACAUCCCUGUGAAGCACUAUGCCCACUUUUUUUUCCCCUUGAAAGCAUAUCGUAUUUUUCAUGCUCCCUCCAUUUAUAUAUGCUUUCCGACGGGUUAUUUAUCCCUCCAAUGAUUUCUUUUCUACACAGUCGGUGGUACUUACUGGACAGCAAAAUGAUGGAAUCCCAGAUUUUUACACUCUGCUGAUAUGGUUUCCAUCCCAUUAAUACAAUACUCUCCUUGGACCAAUCACAUUGAGCUAUCCCAACCCUAGACUGAAACAUAGCAUCUGGUAUUCGCUCGACUAUAAUAACCUUAUUAGGAUCCUUCUGUCAGAGUGUCACCAAACCCCUUGUCUGAAACAAGGUGAAAAAGCAGACGAGGGAAGAGGUGGGAGAGGGGGGGAGAGCUGACCUUCACGACAAAGCAAGCCCACCAGUGUUCCAGUGUCCCAUUUUCCGUCAUCAGAAGAGUUGUAUGUUUACUCUCGAUGCGAUGUUACCCUCUUUUUCUGAUCUGCUGUUCAUCCCAGGUCGCAAUCCCGAUCGUUCCCACGAUUCGGGUCCUGAUCACCUUCACCAAGUUUGAGGAACUCCAGCCCGCCGAUGAGUUUGCGACCCCUCCCUCGAGCCCCAGCAACUUCUCCGGGGGCAAGGUGAAGGAGGCGGACACGUCCAGCUCCUGGUACUCGUGGGUGAGAGGGGCACGCGGAGGAGCCGCCGCCUUCGCCAACGCCGAGGAUCAAGGCUGUAGGGACGAGGUGGACCCCUUCCUCAUUCCGCCUCACUACACCUGGGUCGACGCCAACGAGAGGAAGCGCCGUAUGAAGGCCAAGAAGUCCAAGAGCAAGAGGGCCGGCAAGAAGCACCCGGCCAAGGGCGGCGCGGGGACUCACCAGACGCCGGACGGCUUCGAGUAG